CCGAGGUGCUGACUCUGUCAGUGAAGUUACUCUGCUUCAAGCUACCUACUUGUGCAUUACACAUGUACUUCUGUUGCUUCUGUAUGCUAGUUCUUUAACAACAAAGACUCAUCCAGGGCUUUCUGAAGAUGGAUGAACUUCAAGAGUCACACCCUAGCACUAACACCAACAGCCCCAGCAGCCGCAGCAGCCCACCCAGUAAAGCUGACAGUGCUCCACAAUGCAAUGGGGUCUCAGAGAGACGGACUCUACUGCGGAUGUCUGAGUCACACGGACUCCAGCUGCUAGGCGUGCUCAGAUCAUUUAGGGAACAAGGCUUAAUGUUUGACUUUAUCAUUAAAGUCCAAGAACAAAGUUUUCCCUGUCAUCGUUGUGUCCUUGCUGCAUGCAGUGAUUUUUUCAGGGCCAUGUUUGAGGUGGAUAUGCGAGAGCGUGAUGAUGGCUCAGUUACUCUGGGAGACCAGUGUGCUGUAGUAGUGAGUUUAUUCCUAGACUUUGCCUACUCUGGAGAGGUACUUAUCACUGAAGGAAACGUAGACAUGCUGUUUCAACUCGCAUCUUUUCUACAGGUGCCAAUCUUGUUCAAGGCUUGCAGUGACUUCCUGAUAGGAACCAUGGAUCUGAGCAACUGUCUAUCUCUCUUCUCUCUGGCUGAGGCCUACGGCUCAGCCUCCCUCCUCCAAAGUGCCUCUGAGUUUGUGGUUCAGAACUUCUCCAGCCUCUCCAAAAUGCAGGACUUUUUGGAAAUGCAGGUGAAUGUGCUGGAAGCAUGUCUUAGGUCAGAUGCUUUAAAUGUGCCUAGUGAGGAAGUAGUGGUGAUGGCACUUCUUCAGUGGGUACGACAUGAUCUCCCAGGAAGACAAAAGCUGCUCCCUGGGUUGUUAUCUUUGACCAGACUCCACCAUCUAUCUGCACCUGCCUUAAAGACACUCCAUGACUCAGACCCUCUACUCUGUGACCACCAGUCCUGUCUGGCCCUGCUCUCAGAGGCUCAGAGCAAACAUGAUCAAUACAGUGGCCUGCUCACUGAUGCCAGACCAGCCACCACCCAGAGUUACAUCUACAUUCACAAGACGGAGGAGAACGGAGAGAUCCGCCACACCUUCUGCUACUGUCUGGAAACAGACCAAUGGAAAGAGCUGGGGGCCGGGCAUGGAGGGGGGCCAGCCAUGAUACCAGACCCACCAGGAUCCUGUCUUACCAGCUAUGCUGAAAAGAUGUUUGUGACAGGUGGCUGCAGAGGAAACUGCUGCCGGGCAAUACGUCUCCAUGUGGCCGAACUAUUCCAUGAUGCGACAGACGAGGUCUGGUGCUUCUGUCCCGUGACCCUCACCUGCACACCUGCACCUGCCAUGCUGAAGCCAAGAACUACACACACAGCUGUAACCUGCCUGGGCCGAGUGUAUGUCAUUGGAGGACGGACCAAAGGAUCCAGAGGGGGAGCACCUAGUCUGCUGGAGGUGGAGUAUUUUAACCCUCUGACACAGACCUGGACCUCAGUCAGCCCGCUACCCACUGGUAUCUUCUACCCUGAGGCCAGUGCUUGUGGCAGUGUCAUCUACACUCUGGGAUCAGAGGUGGAGAUCACAGACUCUUUUAACCCUUCACUGGACUGUUUUUUCUCCUAUGACACCCAGGAGGACCAGUGGAGCCGCCUGGUGGCAGAGUUUGGCCAGUUCUUCCAUGCUACGCUCGUCAAAUCUGUGUCAAUAAAUAACACACUGCAUCUCUGUGACCUGUCUACUUAUAAGGUGUACAGUUUCUGCCCAGAGACCUGUGUGUGGAAGGGUGAAGGCUCGUUUGAGUGUGCUGGCUUUAAUGCUGGAGCAGUGGGAAUGAGAGACAGAAUCUACAUCCUGGGUGGAGACUAUUCCCCCGAUGAAAUCACUGAUGAAGUUCAGGUGUACCACAGCGGCAGGAGUCAGUGGGAGGAAGUGGCUCCAAUGCCUCGAGCGCUGACUGAGUUUCACUGUCAGCUCAUCAGCUUCAACAGAUACAGAGACCCAUGGAGUGACACAGUGGACACACACACAUAAGCACGUGUUAGUGUGCUUAUUUUACAUAUAACUCACCUCAAAUGUAUGCCCGAGUCUCCAAUGUGCAUGAUGGACAGCUGACUGAGCAAACAUCUCUAGAGAGAAUGACAGUCAUCAACUAACAUAGCAUCUCUCACAACUCAUCAUAACACAAGUGCAGGCAAGCCAAAACAGAUUAUUUAUUUUUUUAUUUGAGAAGCUGAACAUUAACAUUGUAUAUGUGUCAAUCAGAAAGUUGUCCCUCCUAUGGAGGCAGCAUAUUUCCAAGAGUAAUAUUUUUACUAACUAAAUUUUUCUGCUUUGUGAGAAUCCACUUAGAGAAGUCAAAGGAUCUGUAAAUGUAUCCGCCUUGAAGAGCAUUUUGUCAUUUAGUGUAGUUUUCUUCAAUCUAUGUCGAGAAAAUCACACAUGUGACACAAACAUAGUCUAGAAUAGCAUUAUUCAGUCAUGUUUUCCUAUUUGUGGUUAUUUGAUAUAACUUAAGUGGGACUUUUCCAUGUUGAGUUAUCCUCAUUUUCCUGCCUUAGUUCUGACAGACAUUCUUAUAUAAAUUGGAGUGUUAAAAUCCUGUACAAAUGGCUUUACAUUGCAAAUACCUGGAUGAAUUUUGCUUUGAAGUACUUGUCUUCGGCCUGCUUCAAACUUUUGUGUAUCCAUGCAUCCUGAUUCUGCUUCCUUAGUAACUUAAUUGCACUGCUUGUGUGAUGGAAAUGCACAACUUUUUC